UUCCGCAUCCCACCUUGGAACCACAGGUUCAGUGAGGAGGGGGAGGUUUAACAAUGCCAGCCCAAGGUGACAAGCUGCCUUGAGCAGUGACUGCCUGGUCUCAGAGGGAAUAGACACCUAGGCAGCAGUCUCUAACUUCAGUGACAUUUAGACUUGCAACCAUUUUUGACCACUUGCCCCCAGAGGGAAUCAUGGCCUGAGGUCCUGCUUGGGCAGGUGUGGCUAGGGCCCCCUGUCAACCUCUUCUGGGUGAUUGGGGAUCCCUUGGAGGAACCAGCAGCCCUCCUGACCUGGCUUUGCUGGCAGUUUAGGCCCAACCCUCCCUGAACAGCCAAUAAAGGCAGAUGAAGGCAGUCCUCCUUGGCCCCUUCCUGCCCCAUCCCUGUGCAGCAGUGACCUGCAGCUGCCUAGGGCUCAGGCCCACCCAGCCCUGCAGUCCUUGUGUUGACAAAAGGAACCAAGGCCCCUGAACACCAGAGGCUGACAUCAGACCACACCCCCCUUCACUGUGCAGCUCGGUUGGUACCACCAAGGCCCCAGCCCCACCAUUGCCUGCCUCUGAUCUGGCCAGGGCUCCUCCCUACCUGCCCCAUACCAAGACUCCUUGAAUCCCGGUGCCAGCUUGGAUGCUGAGGCCCUGCCCCCACCUUCCCUGCCUCACAGCCCCACUGUGAGGUCAGAGCCUUCCGACAAGUUCCGUCCACAGGUGUGCCGUGGGGCUGGGGGCUGGACAUGGCCCCCUGUCCCCAACCUGACUGCUGCCUGGCUGGCAGCCCCCUGGGCCUGAUAUGUCUGUCCCUUUUGCUCAUCCCUGCUGCAGCUGGAACCUACUGUGACUGCAGCCUGGGCCUCAGCCGCGAGGCCCUCAUCGCUCUCAUUGUGGUGCUGGCAGGAGUCAGCGCUAGCUGCUUCUGCGCCCUCGUGGUUGUGGCACUUGGAGUCCUUCGAGCCAAGGGUGAACCAAGCACCAGACAUGUGGACAACAGGUUGGUGGGGCACUUCGGGGUCCAGGAAGAUCGCAUGGACCUGCAUGCAGUGCACGUGGAGUCCCACCUUAUGGACCCUGAACUGGAGGUUUCCAUGAUGCCAUCACUGGAGGACCAUGGCCUCAUGACCAUCCCCAUGGAGGCUACUCUAGAGGAGCCGCCCCCACCCCCACCCCCUGAAUAGGGUGGAGGGCAAUUGGGCAGGGGAAUUAAACAUUAUUUAGUGGUUGUGUGCUGUCCUCCUUGCAAGCUCCAAAGUCCCUGGAGACUGCUCUGUGGUAUGUAUGCAUUCGGUUAUGGGGCAGGGAACCACCCCGCCUGGUGCUUCCACCUUCUGGCACAGCUGGCCAGCCCAGCCCCCUCCC